AUGAACGAGUUCCUUUUCUUUAUUGUGUUCCCGAUGGUCGGAGUCCCUCUUAUCACGUUGGCAAUAGCGUGGAUCGAGCACUUCGUCAACAAAUUCCGCAUAUGGAUGUUCGUCCGAACCACCGAUGCCCUUGUGAAGGAUGUCGAAACCUACAACAACAAAGUGAUUAAUUGGAAGAAAGAGGUGACCGAGCUCAAGGAGCAGGUGUACGUGGUAGGGGCGGAAUUACCGGUUUUGGAAAACCGGCUGCUUACGAUUCUACGGGACACGCCAACCUCAGAGCAAGCUAAGGCUGCGCACGACGAGACAGAGAGGUUGAAAGAUAGGAUACGUGGGUUUCGACAGAAGCUUGUUGUUUUAUCGAAGGACGGACAUUCUCUUAGUGCGAUGCACAUGAACCAAAUUGAUAGGCUGGCAGCCCUUCAGCAAAGGCUAAACCAAUGGCGUGCUUAA